UAAUAGCUGUUGUCAUUUCACACUGACACAAGGACGUUUUAGGAGUCUUUGACUAGAAAAGUCUUACAGUAACAUGGAGGAUUUUGACUAUACAGAAUAUGGAGAAGAUUAUACUGCCUACAAUGAAACAUAUGAAAACACCUCUGUGAGUGGCUCAGUGACUUUCAACCAUCCCAGGUCCUUUUCAGUGGAAACUGUAAUCAAUAUCCUUAUAUCACUACUGGGUCUUAGUGGAAAUGCUAUAGUAAUUUGGAUCUCUGGCUUCAAGAUGAGGACAUCGGUCAACACCACUUGGUACCUCAGUCUGGCCAUCUCAGACUUUCUGUUCUGUGUCUGUCUGCCCUUUAACAUUGUAUACAUGGUCACCUCACACUGGCCCUUUGGGCUGGUCAUGUGUAAGCUGACCUCCUCCGCUAUGUUCCUCAACAUGUUCAGCAGCGUCUUCCUGCUGGUUCUGAUCAGUGUUGACCGCUGUGUGUCAAUCACGUUUCCUGUCUGGGCUCAGAACAACCGGACCAUACCCAGAGCAUCCGGAGUGGUCGUCCUCGUGUGGGCCCUCUCUGCUGCCCUGACUGUACCCUCACUGGUCUACCGCCAGACCAAAACACACGGGGCUGAUACACUGUGCUAUACUGAUUAUCAGUCUGGGCACAAGGCAGUGGCUCUGAGUCGAUUUGUCUGUGGCUUUGUGAUUCCUCUUUUGAUUAUAGUCUUCUGCUACUCAGUUAUCUUUGUACAGCUCAGGAGUCGCCCCAUGAAAUCCACUAAACCUGUCAAGGUAAUGACUGUCCUCAUUGUGUCCUUCUUCGUUUGCUGGGUGCCCUAUCACACUUUUGUCCUGUUGGAGUGGAACUUGGGGAAUCACAGCCUUGAGAUGCUCUACACUUGGCUGAAGGUGGGCAGCACAAUGGCUGCAGUAAACAGUUUCCUUAACCCCAUACUGUAUGUGUUAAUGGGUCAUGACUUUCGGCAAACCCUAAAGAGGUCUGUUCUGUGGAAGAUAGAAAAUGCAAUGGCAGAAGAUGGGCGUAUAGGUGGACGUAACCUCUCAAAGUCUGGGUCUUUUGAGAGUAAAGCUUUCACACACGUCUGAGGUUUAAGAUUGUGUCAUUUUAUUGAGGUUGUUUGUAAGUUUGUAACGAUGGUACCUUUUUUGCACUGCUUCUAUAGAUGUUAUUUGAUUUGUAAUGUAUUCAUUCAAAGUGUUACUGUGUAAAUAUGAGUUUCAAUGGAUAUCAAAAGGCGUGUCUGAUUUAAAAUCUGUUACACUAGUUCUAUACAAUUAGUUGUUAAAGUUAUGGACUCUUAUGUUUUCUUAAAGUAUCUACUGAACAAGAAAUAUAAAUGCAACAUGUAAAGUGUUGGACCCAUGUUUCAUGAGCUGAAAUAAAAGAU